UAACAACCCAGCAAGAGGCGGUUCGCUCGUGUGAAGUGAAAACACGCGCCGUUCGCCUGUUCGCCAGCUGGCGCGCUAUAUAAACACUUGGCGUUUACUUCGGUUGACCUCCCCUGACCAGAAAGAUCACCACACCAGCCAGCCCAAAUCCUCCUCCCCUCCCUCCCAUUUCUGAAUUUCUGAUUGCCCGCCGACUCCCCGAACUCCCUCGUAAACCCUACCUCACCGCGCGAGGACGCCAGCGGCGGUGCCGGAGCGCCCGCAACCGCCCCUUCCCCGCCUCCCCCGCCCCGCCGCAGCAGGCAGGGGCAAGGGGAAGAUGAAGGGGGACGAUCUGUCGGAGGAGGACCGCGAGCUCAAGGCGCGUCUCGAGGAUUGCGUGGAGCGGGCGCAGAGCCGCGACCCCCGCAAACGGGUAGAAGCCAUCGACACCCUGAGGAAAGAGAUUCGUGCGGCGACAAGCUCAAUGACGUCUGUCCCGAAACCACUCAAAUUCCUCCGCGCACACUAUGGAACUCUCAAGACUUGCUUUGAGAGAAUGCAGGAUUCUGAACAGCAGAAGGUAUCAAUGUAUUGUUAAUCUCUCAGUUGAGCGGCUCGAGCCAAGCUUAAAAGUACUG